AUGAUAGAAGCCAAUGGGGGCCAAGCCACGUGGGACCAGUUCAAGGAGCUAUUUUACGAAAAGUACUUCUCUGCUCACGUGAGGUACAACAAGCAGGCAGAGUUUAUGAAUCUAAAGCAGGGGACCAUGAUAGUAGAGGAGUAUGAGGAGAAGUUUGACAGGUUGUCUUACUUCGCCUCUGAUCUGGUGUCUACUGAAGCAAAGAAGGUUGAAAGAUUUGUGCAAGGACUUUGGGAUGGGGUGCAAGUAUCUACACCAUCAGAAGAAAUUAUGAUAGCAAGUGAAAAGAUAAAAGCAUGUCAGUUAGAAAUAGCAAACCGCACCCUUGAUGUGACUCUAAUAGUGUUAGACAUGCGUGAUUUUGAUGUAAUUCUUGGCAUGGAUUGGUUGGCUGUCAACCAUGCUAGCAUAAACUGUUCUCAUAAGAAGAAAAAGGAUGGAUCGUUACACUUAUGCAUAAACUACAGGGAGUUGAAUGAAGUAAUCAUUAAGAACAAGUACCCGCUUCCUAGGAUCGAUGACCUGUUUGACCAGCUUCAGGGUGCUACUAUAUUUUACAAGAUUGACCUACGGUCAGCGGUAUUCAUGGAUUUGAUGAAUAGAGUGUUCAAGGAUUACCUGGACACAUUUGUAAUUGUUUUCAUUGAUGACAUCUUGGUUUAUUCCAAGACAGAGGAGAAACACGAGGAACAUCUUAACAAAGUCCUAGGAACGCUGAGGGAAAACAAACUAUAUGCAAAGUUUUCUAAGUGCGAGUUCUGGCUAUGA